CCAGUGAUUGAAAAGGAUUUAAUUCCAACCUUAAAGCCCGGAGUGCUGCAAUUUCCUGAUUAAUUCUCCCACAAGACAAAACAAAACGAAACAGAACAAGGAUAAAGCCCUCCUGGCCUCCCCCCUGCUCUCCCUGGAUCCUUCCCUUCCCCAGGUGAACAUUCCCAGCUCUCUCCUGAGUCUCUGAACUGGCUUAAAUCCCACCAAGGUCUAUGAAACAUCCAGGGGACGUUCCCAAGGCACAUUCCUGUGUCCUGUUUCUCAUUCCAUCCAUCCCAAUGGAGGAUUCUCCAUCGGAGCUGAUCCCAAGGUCCUUUCCCCCCAACCUCCACCAUCCCAUUAUUCCAUUUCCUCCAUUUUCCCCUUGGCUGUUUCCCCUUUCCCUCUUCCCUGGGUAAUAAAAGCCCUUCAUCCCGUGCUGGCCCCUAGGGAACAUCCCAUUAUUCCAUUAUUUAUAUGUUGGGAAUGAACUCUUGGUUCCAUCCCUCCUUUUCUCCCCUUUAAUAAGCUUUUAAUCCAUGCUGGAAGUUCAACAAUCCCCCCUUGGCUCCAGAGUUUCCUAAAAGCCUCUUGGAUGGACUUUAUCCAAAAGCCCCCAGGAAAAUGGAAUAACUGCUCUCCAUUACCCACGAAUUUGUGGACUGAACAUAAAACCAAGGAACUUUUUUUUUUUUCCCUCCAUGUUUAUUAGAAGGGUUUUAAUUCUGCUUUUAAUUAUGAUUUCAAUGUAAUUAAUACACAGCCACAACUCCUAAAUGGAGCUUGCAAAUGUGCUCAGGUAAACCGCUCAUUCCAUGGAAAAAUGAGCAUUUGGGAUUAAUUAUGACUGGUGCCAAAUUGAUCAUUAAUGAAGCUUUAGGGUUAAUUAGAACCAGCUGCAAAUUUCUCAGGAAGGGCAGGGAACAGUGCAGAAAAAAAUUCCUUUUUUUGGUAAAAAACGUGUUUAUUCCUGCGGCUCCCGAAUGGAACACCCCGAUUUCCCCCUCUCCAACAAUAUUUCAGGAUUAAGGGUAAUUUUCACCUCCCUCUCCACAUUGUGUUAAUGUGUUUCCAGGGAAAACUCCAAUAGCAACCGGAUCCAACCAGGCAGACUUGCCUCAUUCCAGCCCCCUUUGCUUCCAACAAAAGCCAUGGAAUUAAUAAAGCAUUUGGGAAUGACUCCAGACUUUCCCUCCAUCCCUGUGAGUGGAAAACAGGUUGUUUAGCCCAUUUUACAGCUGAGGCUUUCCGGGAUGGAGAGCAGGGAAUAUUCCUCGGGAUUCCGAGGGGCACAAGGGUGGCUCCUUCGCUUUUCCAGUGGUAAAAACUUGGUUCUGUUGGUGAUGCCCAGGCUCGAUCUGAUCCCAAAUCCUCGGGAAGGGAUGCACCAGGACAUUGCUUUGUCCCUGCUCCUACAGAACAUCUGGGAUCAAAACUCCCUUUCCAACAAUUCCCGUUUUUUGCUGGUGCAGGGGCAUCUCUUGCUGAAAUUGGGACGGGGUUGAGCUGGAGAACUUUUCCGUGGAUUAAGGGGGAGUCAGGUUACUCCCCACUUCCAAAAAAAGCAGGAAAUGUUGGGAGGAGCCCAGAUAUUUUGGAAAAGCACCAUAAAACCUGUCUGGUCCCAUGGCACAUCCAAGGGGAAAAUCCCAGGGAUUGAUUUUUCAUGGGACAGAACCACCGUGCUCGUUUUCCUUGCAUCCAUCCCCAGUGGGGGUGUGGAUGUGGAACACCAGAAUUCCAUGAUUUUGGAGCAGGAUCCAGACCAGUGCAUGGGUGUGGAGGAGGUCACCAGAAUUCCAUGGCUGUGGAGCAUGAAUCCAGAUCCAAACCUUCUCCUUUGUUUCCAGGUCCUGUUGUGCGAGGCCAGCUCUCCAGGCAGCUCUCCAGGCACUGCAGCCUUCCAGGAAGCUCCUGGCUCAGCCUUCCCGUUCCCGAGCCUUCGGAACCGGAGCAGAGCCCCAAAAAACCCAUGUCCUCUUCUGAGCCCAUCCUGGACCUCAAGGGAGACACGGUGGAAGCACCUCCAGAGAACCUGGGAGGAGCAGGGGAUCAGAGUUCCUGCCCGCCAAGGGACACUCCAGGGAAUGGACAAUCCAUGGAGCACACGGAACCAAUGCCAACAGCCCUCGAGGACCCUGCGGAGCCAAAGGAGAACCCCGGGAUGAGGCAGGACCCGUCCAACCCCGGGAAUUCUCUUGGAACCUCCAGCCCUGCGGGGCCCAUCCCAGCCCCACCCUCGGGUGAGCCCAUCCCCAUCAGAGACCCUCAGGAGGCGAAGGAUCCCAGCCCCACCAACUCCCCGCCGUGGCCAGCGGCUCCCGAGGAACCCCCGGCGCGCCCCAACACCCUGGACUUCUCCAAAGCGGGGAAGGAGCUGGAGGAGGCGAGGCAGGCGGGGCAGCGGCGCGGCAGCGACCGGGCAGCGGUCAAGGAGAACGGCGUGGAGGCCGCUCCGGCCACCAGCACGGCCAGCAGCGAGGAGCACCGGGCUCUGCAGUCCGAGCUGGGCAAGUGCAUCGAGGAAUUCCGCAGGAUCAAGAUCCCGCAGGCCUUUCCCAACAAGAAGCGGCAGUGGCAGAGUGAGCUGCUGAAGAAGUACCAGCUGUGAGAGCAGACCCCAAUCCCGUCGCUGGGAACGGGGCUCUCCAGGCGGCCGAGUGGCUGCUCCAGGGUGGCACAGGCUGUCCAUGCUCCCAAAAUGAGGAGCAGAGGUGGCUGAUGAAGCCCAGGCAGAUGUUGAAAGGGUCACAAGCCUGUUCCCACCACGGCCAUCGAGGGGAUGCUCAGUGGGACAGGCACAGCUGGAGGGGGUCGGACAAGGAAGGAUGUCCAGGGUGAUGUUCGGGAGAAGCAGAAAAUCCCACAUUUCUGAGACUGAAUUCCCCUGGUGUUUCAAACAAUAAAAUCGAGUUGGCGUCCAAAAUGAGCUCCAGACUCCUCGUGGCUCCGGGGCAGAUGUGGGAAUUUGGCUCUUCAGAAUUCUGCAAGUGGCUUGGAGUUUCCUGAAUUGCUUUUGGGGCUGGGAAAGGGGAGACCAGAUCCA